AUGGCGAAUGAACUCGAGUUAGCAGAGGAAAUGUCAAACUCCUCGCCUGAGCAGGCGAUGGAGUUGUUUUCCUCUAUUGGUAAUACACUUUCAGACUUUUGAUAUCAAAUUUUUAUCCCGUUUCACCAAAAAGUGUUUUUUUUCGAUGCCUGUGCUCCAAAAUUGACUUCUUUUUUAUUCUUUUGAUGAAUGACUUUUUUCUAGUGAAACGCGACGUUAGUAACAACGACGAAGAGGGAAUCAAAAUGAAAGAGCAAGCGAUCCUCAGUCUUGGAAAUUUGCUCUCCAAGCAUGGAAAAGCAGAAGGUAAAGUUAAACAAUCUUCAAGUUAGGAGCACAUCUUUUAAAACCACGUGCUAUAAUAAAUGUAAGCAAGUGAAUAAGCGUAACAUAAUCUUAAGCUUAGCCUAAGUUUGUAUAUUACAGAAAGAUUUCCGAUAAAAAUUGAGUAGCUUUUUGAAUGGAACAGUUGAAUCUCUACCGGCCACCUUGGGAACAAAGAGCGGUGGCUUUAUUGGAGAGGUGGAAAGGUAGUUGUUAAAGGAGGUUCAUGAGUCAAUGUAUGAACUGUCCACCAAAAGAGUGGCCAUAAUUGUUGAGAGGUGGCUAUUGUGGAGAGGUAAUCGUUACAAGUGGUUCAACUUUUUGUCAAUGAACAGAAACCACUGUUCAGAGCAAAAAUGUUAACAAGAUGAAGGGUGCAAGGAGGAGUAAGUUCAUUAGUUUGCCAAUCGUUCUUUUUUAUGGCUGUUAAGGAGAGUUUGUUUUAGGCAACUGGAAUGCACUCUACUGGCUGUUACAGAAGCUACAAUAGAUUGAUUAUGAGUGUAAUUUUUUUCUUAGAGCUUGGUGGGCUUAUCAAGUUUAUCAGACCAUUCCUUAAAACAGUAUCAAAAGCCAAAGCAGCUAAACUUGUCAGGAACUUGGUGGAUGUUUUCCUGGACAUGGAGGCUUCCACUGGGAUGGAGGUAUUUAAUAAGAGUAACUUGUAGUAAUCAUAGAUUGAUAGAAUGCCUCAAGAUACCAAUUCGUGUGUGAUAGUGCAUGGUUUUAAAGCACUACAGAUCAUGUAAUGUUACAUGAUUUUGAGGCAUUGGAAAAGGUGUGUGAUGUGACAGGGAUGUAAUGUGAACAUGGGCUAUGUAGCUGAGGCGAGUACAACAAUUAAGAAAAUUUCCUUCAUUCUAAACAAAACUUUACUACUAAUAACCAAAUGUUCUAGGGAGUGUGGGUAAGAUUGAUUGAAGAUUAAAACCCUGUUACUUAAUAGGUGCUGUUGUUUGCAUAACUUUCUUGUGAUAGAAGGUCAAGACCCGCUUGAUGAGAUUAUGAGUGAUAGAAGUGUUCAGAAUGAGUUCUUUGCAAUCCAUUCAGUUUAGUGGAAGUUGAAAUGAAUACUGGCUACAUACCUGUAUGUGCCACACAUGUAUAAUAACCUUCAGAUUCGGAUUGCAGGCUUCUAUUAGUACGCCAUCUGGUAACAGCAAUGACAGCAGGUGCUUUUCGUACCCUUUUAAUAGCAGUGCAUGAUUAUUUAACAUCCAUAAAAAACAUCUAUUUGGACAAAGGGCUUUAGUAACUGGUGCUGAAAUAAUGCAAUUUUACAUAAUUUUUCCAAGGUUGAACUGUGUAAUGAGUGCAUUGAGUGGGCCAUGCAGGAGAAAAGAACAUUUCUAAGGCAGGCUCUUCAGGUAAGUGACGCUGUAUUGUAAAGUCAAAAUUUUUUAUUAAAGUACACAUAAAUAAUGUUUUUGCAUUUGUCUUCUUUAAUAAAAUUAUUUUGAACACUUUGAACUCUGCAAGGCCAGGAAUAUUGACCUGAUUCUUGGAGUUUUCCCAAAAUUUCAAGAUGUAAGGUUUUUUCCACACCUCAGUAAGUUGUUCAAAUGGUGGAGAACAAUACUGAUUGUACAGCUUCAUAAUAAAUUAGUAUGUGUAAUCAAAUGGCAACAAGUGAAAAAGGCUAGGGAAAUUAUUAGGAUUUGGAGAAAACACACGUGAAUUAUUCCCUAAUUUCAUGAGGGUACCAUUGGAUUACGUAUUAAUAUCAUGGGUGACAAAUUACAAAUCUAAGGAGUAAUUCAUCACCAUGUGAUAUUAUGGCAGUCAUUUUUUUUAUUCUUUUAUCUUUGUAGGCAAGAUUGGUAGGCUUAUAUCUGGAAACUAAAGACUACACGAAAGCAUUACAAAUAGGUAAGUAUUGCUGUGAUGGUAAGAGUGAUAGAGCAAGGAAAACUUUAUCUAUAAAACGAAUAGUCUUUUUUCAAUAGUUGGUCACAUGAUCAACUUUCUGUAAACAAGUUUUUUGUUUUCUUUUUUUAAAAUAGUUUUAGCAGGAACUGAAAGAGCACAGUCACAAAUGUAAUGAUUGCAAGGACUGCCAAAGUUAAAAGGAUUUGUAAAUUAACUCUUGCCGUCCAGUCACAGACUGUUUAGUUGUUUUCUAUACAAAUCCUUGUAAAUUUUGAAAUUUUCAAACUGUUGUAACAUAUUUCUCUUAAGCUUUAUGGGGCCCAAAUUUUCUUUUGUUCAUAGCCCAAAAUCUACGCCCUGUGAUGCACAAGGGAAAGAUUUUAACAUCAAGUUGAAAAUAUUUUUCAUGUUUCUAUUUUAACCCCUUGAAGCCCCAACAUCCACUUACAAAUUCUCCAAACUGAUCUCUAUACAUUUCUAUAAAAAAUUAGGGGGGAGAAUUUGAUAAUAGAUCAAAGCUUUUUCCCUGAGGUGAUCAUUUUAUUAAUUCUCACAACCUUUUCUCUUGCUUUUGUAUGGAUAUCGUUAGGAGAAAAUUGAUGUUGGUCACUCUUGGGACUUAAAGGGUUAAUUCCUAAAGUAUCUUUUUUAAUUCCUCCAUACUUUCCUCAGGUUCAAAACUUUUGAAGGAGCUUAAGAAGCUGGAUGACAAGGCAUUACUAGUCGAAGUACAACUGUUGGAAAGCAAAGUUUAUCACAACUUGAGCAACAUUCCCAAAUCCAGGUUAGAAUGGCAGCCUCUCAAGAUCAUUUUGUUGCCAGCAUGAAUUUUGCUGGUCAUCUUUACACAUCCUUUUCUCACAUCAACAACUUCUCAAGCUUCCUUCCUUCUACUUCCCGUAGCUUACAGUUGUGCCAAUGACUAGUACUUACAUAGACUUGACAAAGAGCAUAUAUCUAGUGAGCUGGAAGAGAUUUGGUUCCCUUUUUCAAAGCCUGUCUGGCAAAAUCAAACUGUUCACUAGUCAAUAAACAUAGGAAAAUACACUGUAAUCUUAAGUCUAACAAAAAUCAGGAGGGUGAUAUUAAUCUUUUUUUGUCUGAUAGAGCUGCCCUCACUUCAGCAAGAACAACAGGUAAUGGAAUUUACUGUCCUCCAAAAUUGCAAGCGUCACUGGAUCAACAGUCAGGUAUGAUAAGGUUAUUUCUCAUAGUGGUUGUAAAAUGUUACAAUUCUAAAUACAUUAUUUUAAUCCCUGCUUCUCUAAAUUUAGAAAGGGAAUAUAAGUGUUAACAUUUUAGUUUCUGUUCUCCAGGUAUUUUACAUGCCGAAGAAAAGGACUUCAAAACAGCUUAUUCUUACUUCUAUGAAGCAUUUGAGGUAUAUAAAUGUUAAUGAUAUGGCCUUGCCUAAAAAUAAAUUAUUAGUUUUUGUUUUAAAGCAAGGCUAAAUGCGUAGGUAUUGAUAUGAAAAUGAAUUUUUCUUCUCAUGCAAAUAAAACUCAUUUCCACAAGAAAGGUUUUCCACUUAGCCUCUAACAUUUUGAAAGUGAGAGUUUUUUGAACUUGGAAAAAUAAUGGUCCAUUGCCUUGUUGAUUUGCAAGCAUGCCUCCUAGAGAAGUGAAAACUGCUUUUUACGAGCCCAUUCCCGAGUUUCCCUGGGCUUCUGUAUCAAAAGAAGGUGAAGUGCUCAGCCUUUGAUAUGGAAAUGCUUUUUUAUUCUCAGUGUGUAAAGAAAGUAGUGUCCGAUAUCCUGGGGCUAGUGGAUUUUGCUAUUGGGCUAGUGAAUUCAGUUUUUAACUUGCCUGAUCGGCAAGUGAUGUUUUUUGAGGAAUUCGAUUAACAGAAAGACUGUGAAAUCAAUUCUGCUAGUCAAAAAGUAUUAGGGGCUAGUUGAAAUGACGUCUGGGCUAGUAAAGUCUAGCUUCAGCUUGCCCGAAUGGCAAGCUGUGAAAAUGAUUUUCUUUGCACCCUGAUUCUGAUGCAAAUAAAACUCAUUUUCACAAGAAAAGUUGUGCAUCUGGCCUCAUUUUGAAGGUGAGGGUUUUUGGAACUUGGAAGUGGCCUGUUGACCAAGGCAUGGUCAGAUAAACAGCACAUUUUAUAUUUCUAUUUUUGCAGGGAUAUGACUCCAUUGACAACCCCAAAGCUGUGUCAGCACUAAAAUAUAUGCUUCUGUGCAAGAUCAUGCUUAACAGGUUAGUUAGAAUUAUAUGGUAUCACCAAGAUCUAUCUCAAUCUGAAAUCCAUCAAAGGUGUUUCUGAUUUUCUACUUUGCAAGAAAUCUUAGGGAAAGAAUUCUCUUGUGUGGAAAUUUCUAUGACAGAUUCCAUUGGCAUUCUUUUAUUAUGUCUUAUCUUUUUAACGUGUGAAUGGGGUACUCUUUUGUUAAAUUUUUUGUUUUUACCAAUGUUACCCAGAUGAAGAUGUUUGCUUUUUUUUUUCCAAUAAUAUUAUUAUUAAUUUUUUUAUAUAUUAUUUAUUUUACUUUUUUUUUGUCCUUUUUUCAGCCCUGAUGAUGUUCAAUCAAUAAUCAGCGGGAAAUUGGCACUGAGAUAUUCAGGAGCACAGGUAAGCAAAAUAUUAAUCCUGCUCUGUUUAACAUUGAUAAAUUGUCAGUGAAAUAUUACAAUGACUAUCAGUGAACAGGGAUGUCACUAAGAGCCUGCUGCCGGCUAAUUUUGCUCGCCAAAAAAGACCUUUCCACCAGCUCAAAUUGCUCUAGAAGGCAAAGACAUGGUGUAAUUUUAAAAGAACAGUUGAGUAAAAAAAGCUGCCUUAACUAAUAAAAAAGCCUGCUUAGCUUUUCCGUAUGUUUUAAUGAUACACUGCAACCAACACCAUUUGCAAUUUUUCACAAAAGAGUCUGUUGAGGAAACAGCAUGUUUUUCAGUUUUUGUAGCCCAAAGUGUCAUAGCAUGUGCACUUGUGGGUUCAUGCAAAUGUAAGAAAAAUAACUGGUUUUUUAAUUAAUUUUAUGUUCAUUUUUCAGUUGAUUGCAAUGAAGAGUAUUGCCAAUGCAAGCCACAAUAGGUCCCUAUCAGAGUUCCAACAGGUAUUGUUAUGUAUUAAGCAUAGCUAGUGUAGAUGCAACUAUUGCAAAUGAUUCUAUGCAGAGCUCAAAUAUAUUUUUAAGACUAAUGCUGAUCAUGUUGACAAGCCAAAGAAAUUUUGUCAAAGGUCCUUUGCCAUUUACAUGGGCAAACCGGUUGGUUCACGGUUUGGGCAAAUGGUAAUCAAAAGUCAGGCCGCUGAAUUUCGUCCCAAAACCAUUUGUACAGAGAGUUCCAUUUGUCAAAAAUGGGCACGAAGGCCUAAAACUGGUAUCAAAGAAUGCUUUGAAGAAAUGGAACAUGAAUUUCCUUAUGGACAUUCGAAACAGGACUACCUUUUCAGAUGUUAUGGUGCUCCAAGAAAUUUCCCACUGGAACAACUUGAAAUAGUCAUGUUCCAUUUUAUUCCCUGGCCGGUUUUUCUGGAAACUUUUUGUAAAUGGUAAGCACUCUCAGUCACUAAAAUAUUAUUUGUAAUAUGUAUUAAUAUUACAAGCAGUUGUUCCUUUUUCAAUGCUUCACAAUCAGUAUUUGUUUUUCUUUGUCGAAGGCUCUCAGCACUUUCAAACAGGAGCUUACAGAGGAUCCUAUUAUAAGGGUAUGUGUGUGCCAUGAAUGUAGAAUUAUGUUUUAUCUCAAUGUUUUUGUGCUGUACCUUUUUAAAAGAUUGGACUAUGAGUUUGAGUGGCACUUACCAUUGUCAGAAAUGGCUGGCUGGACUAAUGCAGUUAUAAAGAGAGUUCCACUAUUAAUCAGUACUUUUCAGCCAGAAAUUCAAGAUAGAACUACUCUUUCAGUUUGAAAAUGACCAGUCCAGCCAAUUCAGACUUUUGGAAAGUGCCCUAAGUGAGGCUAAAAAGGUGAAUAAUGGCGUUAGUGCUAAGAAAGAGGCUAGCCGAGUGAGGGACUGGGGAGGAGAGGGGCACCAUCAUUUCAAUCUUCCCACUCGCUCAUCAAGCUUCACCUGCUAAUAGAUCAGCUCAAAUUAUCAAAAUCCAUACUUGGUUCCGAGGCUGGGAGGAGUAAAGCGAAAGAGAUGAAUUAUUCAGUCUUGAAUCUUAAUACGAUUUCUUUGUUUAUACCAUUCAUCCUCUGAGCCGAGUAUGAAUUUUAAUCUAUUUUUAAAACUAUGGUAGCCUAUUUUUUUUUGUACUGCUUACCCCUUUAUUUACUUUUUCCAGUUAAGUGUGAGUUGACUAUUUGACUCUUGGUUUUUUUCUUCUUUCAUCUUGAUCAUUUUCUAAACUUUUACUUCCCUUCUCUUUCUUGCAGACCCACUUAGAUGCACUGUAUGACAAUCUGUUGGAACAGAACCUCAGUAGAAUUAUAGAACCAUUUGCUCGAGUUCAGGUACAAACUCUGUCGUAUCAAAAUUUAACAAUUCAAUUUUUUAAUGGUACAGCUUAUACUUAACAGUUAGCCCGCAUAGUUGGGUGGAAAGUUAUGCGCCAGGUACUUUCUUGGCGGCACGAUAAGGGAGAAUUAGCUGAUUGCAUCUACAAGUAAAUGGAAGGCUUAACACUUUUACUCGAUAACAAACAAUUUUCAAUUGCUUAGAACUAAUAUCAUUUCAAUGACUGCGGACGAAAACAGUCAGUAGAAGAAAGCAGGAACUGUUAUAUUUUACGUGUCAUAACUGUGUAUUAUUUCAUUUCAGAUUGACCACGUGGCCAAACUCAUUGAUUUACCACUGGUAAAUAUAUCUAUACCGUAUUGUAAUGUAGGAACAAAUUUUCCAUCCACAAGUAAAAACUAUAGUUAGUUGGUAGUUAGUUUCCUUGUUUCCUGUAACAAAAACGAAAAAAAGCCUGUGGAUCAAGGGACCCUAAGUACCCGCGAAAAAUGUUUUCGCGAUAUUUAAUAGGCUCGAUUACCAGCCGCUGCUCGGGAAUUGAGCCCACCCUCCCUGGGCGUCGCCCUUUAGGAUCCAUCUAAACGAACUUUGUGCAUUUCGUGUAAUUAUGUCUUCACUCACAUUUUCUCUUUUCUCGAAAUUAAGUGCCCGCAAAAAUAAUUAUACAUUUCUAACAGUUGGGUUUUUUCCCAGAAAAUCGAUUUUAAAGGCGCCUGCAUGAGAUUUUCGCCCACGCAGGCAAACUGACAUAUCAGACGUAGGCGAAACGACCGGUUUCCGUCUCUUCUCUGCCCAGUCUCGCACUUUGUUCUCACCCUCACUCCCCGACCUUUGUUUGACCGCUCCUGCUUCUUGACCUACGCAAAAAUACAGGCUGUUUUGCGGUCAAAUAAGUAGGGCAAAAACGGAAGCAUUUGACCGAAGAGGUACAAAUCUUGUUUGAUGGCAGUCAUACUUAAAGGCCAACAAUAUUAAUCAAUACCAGUCUUUGUUAUAUAGCUGGAAAUUUCUUCCCAACAGCACGCGCUCUCAUUGCUUACUUUGAGGUCAAAUGACAUGUAACAAUGAAACUGUUUCCCGCUAAAAUCUCUGAGCGGGCAACAGUGCAAAAAUCUAUGACGUCAGAGGGUAACAGUGCACUGUUACCUGCGAAUGUUGACCGACGACCGCCGUUACAGCGAGGUUUCAUGAAUUUCCAGCUUCAAAAUUUUCAGCUAUAUAACAAAUCACUUAAAGACUGUUCCCUCGGGAAACAAAAUUACUGUUUCCAUCAGGACUAGACAUUAAGUGUUUAUUAUUAGUGCUCUGGGUACAUAAUUAUAGAAAAGUUAAUUACAGGUUGACAUUUAGCAAAAAAAGCACAGCCACUUAGAUUUCGUUUUGUUUGUUUGUUUGUUUUUCUUUUACAGAAUGUAGUGGAAAAGAAGCUUUCUCAAAUGAUUCUUGAUAAGAAACUUCAUGGUAAGUUAAUAAACCAAUCCCUAAAGGGAGUACAAAACUCUUGAAACUGAAGGAAGCCUCAAAAUACUAGUCUGAUAACCUUUGUCCUGUGAAGUUUGACAAAACUUUUUCGGGUGUUUUUUGCUAUUUUUUCGGCUUUACCUCGAUGUAAGAACCUCACAACUGACGUAACAGAUAUCGAAUAUAAAAUACUAGAGACAACUGAUUUAAACUACUAAAUAAACAUUAACAUUCUACUUGUCUAACACCUCGAACUCUGGAUCUGGAGGUCCGGGGUUCAAGCCACGCCCGUCGCGUUGCUUCCUUAGACAAGGAACUCUACUCUCCUUUGUCUCUCUUCAUGCAGGUGUAUAAAAGGGUACCGGCGACAUACUGCUGAGGUGUAACCCUGCGAUGGACUAGCAUCCUGUCCAGGGGGAGUAGCAAUACUCCUAGGCAUGUUUCAUGCUGCGGAAACCGGAAAUAAGCUCCGGCCGUGUGAACUUUUGGCUCGUGUGCCCCAUUACCUUUUUCCUAUUCUAGUUGUCAGGCUCCGAUAGUUCUGUGGUUCUCAUAGUUCUUGUGCUUCUCAUUGGUCUUGUGGUUCUCAUACUCCGUGUGGUUUUCAUAGUUCUCGUGUUUCUUUGGUUCUUGUCGUUCUCGUGGUUCUUUCGCGAAUGUUUUGACGGAGACUGCUGGUACAUCCUGAAGGGAAACAAAGGCAAACUCACAGGGGUGCCCUCGGCAAGAGCUUCAAUUCUAGCAUUCACUACUCCCAAACAGUUCCUUCAAACCGUUUGGCCAAAGAUGCUGUCUGUAGAAAACGGUUUUGCAGAACUAGUGAAGAAGCACGAAGCACAAGAAGCGCGUCGUUUCGUAACCUAUACAGUUGACGCGGCUGGUCGUACGUCCGGCUACCGUCUUUCCUGCGGAUUGGACAUAGCUGCUCAACCAAUCCUUGCUCCUUACAGGGACACCACGAGAACUACAAGAAGCAGGUGACCCACAAGAACCACAACUAUCAGUAUGACAACCACACCGAGUAUAAGAACCACAGAACUAUCGGAGCCUGAAAACUAGAAUCUUAUUGUUUAUUUAGUAGUUUACGUCACUUGUAUCCUCGAUCAUUGUAACAUCAGCUGUGAUGUUCUUACACCGAGGUAAAGCAGAUAAAAUAACGUAGUAUGAAUGAGAUUAACACGUAUUCCAUGUUUGAAUUAAACUUUAUUGAUUAGAAUGAACAGUUCAAGUAAUGCAUGUUUUUCUGUUCUUAGGCAUUCUGGAUCAGGGAUCUGGAGUGUUGGUCGUGUUUGACGAAACGCCAGUCGAUAAAACGUACGAGAGCACGUUGGAAUUGAUCCACGAGAUGGGAAAAGUAGUUGAUGCUUUGUACAGUAAAGCUAAAAAGCUUCAGUGA